AUGGGUCGUCCUAAAGACGAAGCAACGAAUUUGGCAAUGGAGGAAAUAUUUACUUACAUUGAAAAUAGCGAUGACUGUCAGUUCACUUUGAACGAAUUACAAAAGGAUAAUGAUGCAUGGUACUUGUUUUUCAGAAAAACUCAUCUACCCCCAUUUUGCAACGAGUGUAACCGCCAAUUCCCGAAGUACCACUCGCUGGAGGUUCACUAUAGGAAUUACCACCCGGAACUGAUCUACAAGAGUGUUCAGCCGGACCAGUCGUACUGCGUGGAGUGCAACAGACAAUUCCGGAGUCAAUACCUCUACAAGCGACACCUGAGCACCGCCAUAGCGCACGUGCAGAAGAAACCCAUCAAGGUUCCUUGCCCCGACUGCGGGAAGGUGUUCUCUCGAAAAGCAUAUAUGAAGAACCACUACAAACUGGUGCACGUUAGAUCCUCGUCACACUACUGCGAAAUAUGUAAUAAGCAAUUCGUGAGCGGGUUUUCAUUGCGAACUCACACGAAAUUUGUGCAUCAAAAGUCUGCGCGACCCAAGGAUAAGAUUUGCGAUGUUUGCGGCCGGGGUUUUCAUACAAACCGGACACUUAUAAACCACAAGCGAACACAUACGGGUGAAAGGCCAUACAAGUGUACGUACUGUCCCGCCGCGUUCGCGCAGUGCUAUGCCAGGAAAACACACGAGAGGACACAACACAAGAAUUUCACCGAUAAUUUCAUUCUACCCACAUAAAUAAAUGAUUUCAAACUGG